AUGGACAUUACACCGGCUUUCAACGACCUCCUGCGAAAGCGCAAUGCGCCCAUCGUCACUGAGAAGAAGCUCAGUCUCGAAGCGAUUGACGGCUUCCUCAAGGAGGCUUACAGAAUAAACUCCCACAUCACAAACCUUCACAACGAACUCAAAGAUGUCCGACAAGCCUACCUCUCAACAGCGCAACCGCGCAAAACACACAUCCACGCCGCCGCCGCCCAACAACGUCACUUAACAGACCGCGACCGCGAAGAAGUCGACGCAAACGCAAAGCAAAUGCUCCGCGAGCUCAACGCGAGCAUCACAGCCCUCAACGAAGCAGAGCUCCUCCGCCGCGAAACCGAAACGGCCGUCAUCCGCAAAAAGUAUGCCAGCAGGCUCGGUGCCCUCGGCGCCUGGGCCGCCGCGAGCGACAAUGACAGCAGCAGCAGCAAGGGCAAGACGGCGGAGCACGCCGCGGCCGAGGCCCGCGCGAGAACGAUUGAGCAGCACCGCGACGAGGUGAUUCAGAGUCUGAGGCUGGGGUUGCAGCGGUGCGGGAGGACGCAGCAGGAUAUGAUGGAGGUGAGGCUUACGAGGGAGAUGGAGAAGAAUAGGAGUGUUUUGGCUAAGGCGGGCGGUGGGGGCGCGAUGCCUGAGUUGGGCGGGUUUUACGAGUCCAUGGCGAAGAGUGCUGCUGCUAGCAAGGGGACGACGGGCAAGGCUGGUUUGCCGCCCGGGGAGGAGGGUGCUUCUUCUUCGUAUGAUCCGCGAGAGGGCCUCACGGAUGAGCAGAUUCAGAUGUUUGAGAAGGGGAAUCAGGAUAUGCUGCAGCAUUACAACAGCACGCUGGACAAAGUCAGGACGGCGGAGAAGUCGCUGCUUGAGAUUGCGGAGCUGCAGACGUUGCUGGUGGGCAAUUUGGCGACGCAGUCUGCGCAUAUUGAGCAGCUCGUGGCGGACUCGGAAAACAUCACGGCGGACGUGGGCGGUGGUAACAAGCAGCUGAAGAAGGCGACGCAACGACCGAGCGCGGCGAGAUAUACCUUUUUCGCGUCGGCGGGGUUGUGCACGUUUUUGAUUCUUUGGGACUUGAUUAUCUAG